GGUAGGGGGGCAGGGCAGGUUUUGGGGCUCAACUCUGGGUGCAAAGACCUGGAUGUGCACCAGCUCAAAAUAUUCUUUACUCCUCAGUUUUAAUCCUGUGCCGAGCUGCAGAGAGGAGUGUGGAUCUGCUCUGAUACACAUGGGGGGCAACAGCAGCUCAAGACUCGACCCGUUUGAGGCGAGCGAUGGAGAAGGUGUCACAGUCGUGACGGGUAUUCGGUUGACGGAUCGAGUGAUUGAUCGCAUGAAGGAAUCUCCUCAAGCAGUGAAUCAACGCCCUCAGUCAAAAAGGCAAGGACAUCCACCUGUAGCUAAGCCUGCAGUCCCUUUGGGUCAGCCAUGGAUACCUGGUGAGCGCUUGGGGCCAAUUUUGCCCCAUCCUCCCUCUUAUGCUAGUUCUUUGGUACCACCACCUCUCCAAGAGCCUGUGCCUCCUCCUGUGCCGCUUGCCUCUGUGACUCAAGAGACUCCGACACCUGGGGAUUCAUCUACACCUACUGUGGAAGCGAUUCCACCACUCUCUCAUACUGAGCCUGCAGCUCUGGAACAUGUAACAACACCUCCGCCUACUGAGCCUGUCUCUGUAGCUCCAUCUCCACCUACUGAAUCAUUAACAGCAACAGCUUCUCCUGUUGAAGCUGUAGACACAUCUCCAUCAAACCCCAGUGAACUCUCUGAGCCUGUGAUCACAGCUCCUCCUCCAUUUGCUGAAGUUGUAAUUCCACCUGUGACAGCUGAGCCCAUUGCUAUAUCUGUGGAGCCAACUACUACUGAACCCUUGGCUGCAAGUACUUCUGCUGAACAAGGCGAGAUGCUCACAACCACCUCGUCUUCAGCUGAACCAGCCAGUGUAGCCAUACCUACAGUGGCUGACACUGAAGCGUCACCUUCAUCUGAUUCUCCACUCACUGUGCCAGUGUCCCUAGUUGAGGAGCCAGUCACUGUUGAACCCUCAGAGAUUCAAUUAGACGCUCUAGCUGGCCAUGAUGAACCCACUGAGAUGCCCAGGUCUCCACCUGGUGAGCCUGUCCCCUCACCGUCACCUCUUUCCAUUCCUGUGCCUCCUUCUGCUUCUCUAGAGGAGCUAGUGCCCCCUCAGUCCUCUUCUGCUCUGGCUGUACCUUCUGAACUCCCCUCACUUGGGCAGAUGGGACCACCUCCUACUGAGGAGACCCCAGCUCCACCAUCUUCUGCCUAUAUCGCAGAGUCUGCUGUUGCUCCAGGACUGCCUCCACUUGCUGAAACAAGCAGCCCACUAACCUGUCCGCCCAAAUCACAAGCUGCAGUUAAUGAGGAAGAACUGAGGAAGCAGAUCAGAGAUGAACUGCAGAAGCAGCAGCAAGAAGAGAUGAAGAUGGCAGAGCUAAAGAUUCAGCAACAGUUGAAGGAUGAGAAAGUAAAGGCUGAGGCAGAGGCUCAGGCCAAAGCUCGGUUGCAGAUCCAGGCAGAGGUUCAGAAGGUUCUAGAAAGAGAGCAGAUAGCCCUUCAGCAGUCUCUGAAAGAUGCUGUUAUGAAGGAGCGUAUGAACACUGAGGAUGAGCGGCUUGUAGCCCAGUAUUAUUGGAUGGAGAGGAAGAUCCAGAAGCUGGAGGAGAAGAAGAGAGACCUGGCAAAGCAGGACUCGCUGUAUAAGGAGCAGAUUACCAAGCUGGAGGAGAAAACUGCACAGUUCACCAGAGUCACAGCAGAAAGCUUCAAAAAGGGUUUGGAUGACACUCACAACCGCUUCAAGAGGUACCAGAUAAAGCCAGUUUGCUCAGAGCUGCAGAGUGAGAUUUUGAAAUGUUACAAGGAAAAUACAGGCCAGACUCUGACUUGCUCCAACAUUGCCUCGCUCUAUAUGCAGUGUGUGGACAACGCUAAACAGAACAAGAAGGUGAGCACAGGUGGUUAAUCCUGCUCCCUGGAUCAACAGAACUCUUUCUGACUUUCAUAAACUCACUGCCUGGAGGAGAAGAGCAAUACAACCAAGUUGAUACAACCACAUCUUAUCAGUCUAUCUGUUUCUUACUGCAGAGUGGUGUUGAGUGUGGGGUUCAGACAUUAUCUGAUUUAGAAACACUACAAACUGUUUUCAUACAGGUGAUUCAAUGUAAUGCAAGUAAGGCACAUUGUUCACACACCACUCUGAGGAAAGGGUUUUUGGCACUAAAAGUACAUUUACAGUUACAGGAAACAAAGAAGUGCUGUGCCAUUUCUCUUUUUUUGUCACGGCUGAAAGAACUGAGCUGGAAGCCUGUUUUUUAAGAUAGCUUGAGAUAGCGCGUGCCAAGGAGGAAAAUGAAAUACCUUCAUUAAAGAGAGUCAAAAUGCCA